AGUGCGUCCGACUGGUUCGUUUUGUUGGAGCUCGCCGUGUGUUGUUUAUGUUUGUGGCACAGAUAACCGUCAUGUUGUUUUUCUGCUGUUGUUUCGGCCAUUGAAGUGAUGUUUUAAAACAAAGUGAAAUAAGCUGGAGAAAAAUCGUAACGCAGUGCAUAUAAAAGCAGGACCUCAAAAAAUGGCCUUUAGCGAACAAUACGUGCUUAUUAUCAAUCUUAGAAAAAGCUUUUUGAUAGACUUCCUCUAAGCCUCCCGGGGGAGUCUGUUCCGGAAGGAAUAUUUUUCAGUUCGAUUAGAUCACGUAUUCAUGGUUUUCAUUUUGUGUUUAUCCUUUCUGGAAGUGAUCUGAAAGCGCGUGUCUUGUGUAUCUGUUUGUUGGGAAAAUCUGGGAUGAAACCGGCGGGCCAAUUCUCGGCAGGAGUAAACCGUUUGCUUGUGGUGACAGGAGUAGAAGCAGCAAAUACGUAUCCGGAGGUGCGCUACGUAGAAAGUCGAUAGUUGUAAGAGGCUCGGUUAUGUAAUUGAGUCGCUUAAAUGUGGAGAAAGAGCUAUUUGCUAAUAACACCACUCUUCGUCAGCGACACCUCACCUCGACAAAUUCAGACCAAAGUACAGGCCGUGCAAUAGCAGCUCAGCUGGCACUUGAAAAUACUGGCGUAUCGCGCACCAGCACCACCGUAUCCUCUCGUUCCUAUAUUUAUAUCUGCCUCCUCUUUGGACGUUGACAUCGAACCGGAAAGGGACCUCGUUUCGGUAGACGUUGUCUGACUGGAUUUUUAUGUUCGAUGCAGAGCUUCUAGAUAUUUUCAAUAAAUAAAACACUGCUCCCACAUAUCUGGACAUCGAACAUCUGAAGCUGAGAAACCCGGUACGGAAGUUGUCGGCGGAACCAGUGGUAGUACACCUGCCGCCACGAUGCAGCAAUCUACACGAACCGAGAUGCGCCCGGUCAAGUACCACUACGCGGACUCGUUUUGGUGCACCUAUCUGAUUUCGGUGUUCGCGGCCAGUAUUGCCGAAACGGUUACGUACCCAUUGGAUCUCACCAAGACCCGCCUGCAGAUUCAAGGCGAAGCAGCAGCCGUAACCGGCGCCAUCAAAAAGCUCAAAUACCGCGGCAUGCUAGCAACCGCUAGUGGAAUCGUACGCGAAGAAGGUCCCCUCAAGUUGUGGCAAGGCGUUACACCGGCUCUCUAUCGUCACAUUGUUUACAGUGGAGUCCGUAUCGUCACGUACGAUAGUUUGAGGAAAAAACUUCGCAACGGCAACAACGACUUCGCGCUGUGGCAGUCGGCGCUGGCUGGGGUUGGCGCUGGUGGACUGGCUCAAUGGCUCGCCUCCCCGGCCGAUUUGGUCAAGGUGCACAUCCAAAUGGAAGGCAAACGCCGCCUGAUGGGCAUGGAACCACGCGUCCAUGGAGCAGCACAUGCGUUCCGUGAAAUCGUAAGCCGCGGAGGGAUCGCCGGUCUCUGGAAGGGUAGUGUCCCAAAUGUCCAGCGUGCAGCACUGGUCAACUUGGGAGAUUUGACCACAUACGACACGGUUAAGCGGUUCGUGAUGAAGAAGACAGGAUUGCCGGAUUGCCAUUUGGUGCAUAUUAUCUCUUCGAUUUGUGCUGGCUUAGUUGCGGCCACAAUGGGCACCCCUGCCGACGUAGUUAAAACUCGUGUAAUGAAUCAACCGACGGACUUGAACGGAAAGGGACUGCUCUACAAAGGCUCGCUUGAUUGUCUUCAACAAACUAUUGGAAAGGAAGGAUUUUUUGCUUUGUACAAAGGGUUCCUUCCUGUUUGGAUUCGCAUGGCACCUUGGUCACUAACUUUCUGGCUUUCAUUCGAGCAAAUUCGCACAAGUCUAGGUGCUGGCGGCUACUAAGUGAUGAUGCCGACAUUACUGGUGUUUGAUAGGUUCUAUAUAAUAUCAGUAAGUAUACUUUCCUCAAUAAGUGCGUCAUUUUCUGUUCUUUUGUUAACCUAAUGUGACGCAAUUCAAAGUUUAGCCGCGAAUUAGGAGGAAAAGAUGCGAUAGGAGGCACAAAUGUACAGUUCUAUUAGCACAAUGAAGACAAACAUUAUUCUGGUAGAACAUAUAUCUUGAAUUUUACACAUCAAUGGAAGAUACGGAAAGCAUGUCUACUUGUAUGUGUGCCAUCAAAAUUAUUAGCUCCGAGUGUUCGACCAUAUACAUUACUCCUUUCUCAUUUGACAGUGAGUCAAUUGUGUGCUAAAAUCACUAAGUUAAAAAAAAACAUAUCCUUUGCGUGAGACUAUUACUCUAACGGAAUCGUAAGUUGGUUGAGAAAGGACUAUAAUUUUGAUCUGUGAUUUAGUCGAUAGUAGCCACUAGGUUUAAGUGUAUAUUCGACCAACUAAGUUACAUUAAUUUUGGUACCAGAGGUGUAUGGUGUAUCGUCAACUCGUCGUAUGAGUUCUUCGUUGUGUUUCUAUGUUUGAAAAUGAAAAAAAAACCAAUCCAUUGCGUCUACUUUGCAAAUUCACUCAACCUGUGUUGGCCUCUACGUCAGCACUAAAUAGAUUUGUAUAAUGCACAUUAUAAAAAUCUUUUGAGUGUAACAAAGUAAUACAUAUCAUAUUCUCAAGUGGGUCGUAUCCAUUAAAACAAAUUGUAUUGGUUCUCUUCAAACGUUCCCCAGAAAACUCCUUUACAGAAUGUAACAUUAUCCUUAAUUCAUUUCUCCAGAAUGGAGCAUAUCGAUUAAAUUUUAAAAUAAUAGCUAUACCAAGCAUUUACCCAGUUCGAUACACCCAUUAUAUUUUACUUUAUAAUGGGGAAUUAGUGCUCCGGAGAAUUGUAUUCUGGUAAUGUUUGUACGGAGAAAGUUAUAUCAUAUUGAAUUAUUUUCAAAUCGAAUAAUCACCAUAAAAUAAACGUAACGUAGUCCUCAUGCGAUGAAUUACUAAUGCACUCUACAAUGUAGCUCACGCUCAGAAGCUAUGACAGCAGCUGGACUUUAGACUUUUCAUCGAAUACAUAUUCAUCGUAACAUGAAGCAAAGAAUUGCUAUCAGCUCACGCGUCAUCCCAGUCGGAUCACUUCAUUAAAAUGAAACAUUUUCACCAAGACGCAAGUAACGCCUCAGGGAAGCCUUUUUUGACUAACCUAUACAUUAUCACCCCUCUUCGGUGCAAUAUUAUCCAUUGGUGAAUGUUGUUUUCCGGGUGCCAUACUGAGAUUUUUCCCACGAUAUGUGAAUGCGAUAAGCAUUCAUCCAUCAUCUACCAUUUCGAAUUUAGGGUACCACCUGCGAAGAGACUUAAUUAAUGAAUUCGGUUAUCUUCGGUCUUAUAUUUGUAAUCCACUAUCGUUUUCGGAUUUAGUUAAGUAUUAGACUUUACUGAAGAAUGCUCAUCAUUCUCCGCGUGAAACAGACGAUAAGAGAGGUAGCUCUUCAUUCAGAUCGCCUUGAUCUAUACACGAUGAUCCUUAGUACUAUACAUACGUAGGAUACACUACAAAAACCGACACGUGACAAUACCAAAUUUUUAUUAUGCUGAAAUUUCUGCAAACCCUAGUUCAUCAUCAAACAUGUAAAACUAAAAAAUAGUUCAAUUCUGGAACAACGAGAAAAACGGCCGAACAACUGUUUUUGUUGACUGGCGUACUUUUCCUUCGUGACCACAGACUGGCCAAGAAGAAGUCUCCGUCAGUUUGGCGCGUAUCCAACUAAAGUUAAAAUAUAGUGUUAUACAACUUAACCUACACAUUGCAAGUCAUCCUGACCCCAAAUAUGAUGAAAGACAAAAUUAAUAGAUGGAAAGAGAAUUCGACAGAACUGCACACUAAGCUGCGUAGUAUUGGGAAAGGUUUACCCCGCUGUUCAAAGGUAAUUGUUUAUAGAAUUUUGUCUUUUUGAAAGUUAAGAAACUUAGGCGAAAAGUGUGUUUGUAUGAAUAAACAAUUCCGAUAGGCAGAGCAAA